GGGUCGCGUGUAACCAAUCGCGGCGCUGCGCCCGGCGUGAGCCGAUGCGGGCGGGGCGGGGCGCCCCAGACCCGGACAAAAGGCGGAUCCCGGCGGCCACGAGCGGUCGGAGCGCGGGCGCUGGGCGAGCGGGAUAUAGUGUUGCGCCGCGGAGCCGGAGAAGAGGUCCUCCUGCAGCCAUGUCUGCCAAGGCCAUCUCGGAGCAGACAGGCAAGGAGCUGCUGUACAAGUACAUCUGCACCACCUCAGCCAUCCAGAACCGUUUCCGGUACGCACGUGUCACGCCUGACACGGACUGGGCCCGCUUGCUGCAGGACCACCCCUGGCUGCUGAGCCAGAGCCUGGUGGUGAAGCCUGACCAGCUCAUCAAGCGGCGGGGGAAGCUUGGCCUGGUCGGCAUCAACCUCAGCCUCGAUGGCGUUAAGUCCUGGCUGAAGCCAAGGCUGGGGCAGGAGGCUGUGGUGGGCAAGGCCAGGGGCUUCCUCAAGAACUUCCUGAUUGAGCCUUUCGUGCCGCACAGUCAGGCUGAGGAGUUCUACGUGUGCAUCUAUGCUGCUCGUGAGGGAGACUAUGUCCUCUUCCACCAUGAGGGCGGCGUCGAUGUGGGCGACGUGGAUGCCAAAGCCCAGAAGUUGCUGGUCGGCGUGGACAAGAAGCUGAGCUCUGAGGAUGUCCGAGAACACCUGCUGGUCCACGUGCCCGCGGACAAGAAAGAGGUCCUGGCCAGUUUCAUCUGCGGCCUCUUCAACUUCUACGAGGACCUGUACUUCACCUACCUCGAAAUCAACCCCCUGGUUGUGACCAAAGAUGGCGUCUACGUCCUUGACCUGGCAGCCAAGGUGGAUGCCACCGCCGACUACAUCUGCAAAGUGAAGUGGGGGGACAUCGAGUUCCCACCCCCAUUCGGGCGAGAGGCCUAUCCCGAGGAGGCCUACAUCGCCGACCUGGACGCCAAGAGUGGAGCCAGCCUGAAGCUGACUUUGCUGAACCCCAAGGGCAGGAUCUGGACCAUGGUGGCUGGGGGCGGUGCCUCCGUGGUGUACAGUGAUACCAUCUGUGACCUGGGGGGUGUCAAUGAGCUGGCCAACUAUGGGGAGUACUCGGGUGCCCCCAGUGAGCAGCAGACUUACGACUACGCCAAGACCAUCCUGUCACUCAUGACGCGGGAGAAGCACCCGGAAGGGAAGAUCCUCAUCAUCGGCGGCAGCAUCGCCAACUUCACCAAUGUGGCCGCCACCUUCAAGGGCAUUGUGAGGGCGAUUCGAGAUUACCAGGGUCCCCUGAAGGAGCACGAGGUCACCAUCUUCGUCCGGAGAGGUGGCCCCAACUACCAGGAGGGCUUGCGGGUGAUGGGUGAAGUCGGGAAGACCACUGGCAUCCCCAUCCACGUCUUCGGCACCGAGACCCACAUGACGGCCAUCGUGGGCAUGGCACUCGGCCACCGGCCCAUCCCCAACCAGCCCCCCAUGGCAGCCCACACCGCCAACUUCCUGCUCAAUGCCAGCGGGAGCACCUCGACCCCGGCCCCCAGCAGGACUGCGUCUUUCUCUGAGUCCAGGGCUGACGAGGUGGCACCUGCCAAGAAGGCCAAGCCAGCUGUGCUGCAAGAUUCAGACCCAAGUCCAAGACCCCUGCAAGGGAAGAGCGCCACCCUGUUCAGCCGCCACACCAAGGCCAUCGUGUGGGGCAUGCAGACGCGGGCCGUGCAGGGCAUGCUGGACUUUGACUACGUGUGCUCCCGGGAUGAGCCCUCCGUGGCCGCCAUGGUGUACCCCUUCACGGGGGACCACAAGCAGAAGUUCUACUGGGGCCACAAGGAGAUCCUGAUCCCCGUGUUCAAGAACAUGGGCGACGCCAUGAAGAAGCACCCCGAGGUGGAUGUGCUCAUCAACUUCGCCUCCCUGCGCUCAGCUUAUGACAGCACCAUGGAGACCAUGAACCACGCGCAGAUCCGCACCAUUGCCAUCAUCGCAGAGGGCAUCCCCGAGGCACUCACUCGGAAGCUGAUCCAGACGGCGGAGCGCAAGGGCGUGACCAUCAUCGGGCCCGCCACCGUGGGGGGCAUCAAGCCAGGCUGCUUCAAGAUCGGGAACACGGGCGGGAUGCUGGACAACAUUCUGGCCUCCAAGCUAUACCGACCAGGCAGCGUGGCCUACGUGUCCCGCUCAGGCGGCAUGUCCAAUGAGCUCAACAACAUCAUCUCGAGGACCACGGAUGGUGUCUACGAGGGCGUGGCUAUCGGCGGGGACAGAUACCCGGGUUCUACCUUCAUGGACCACGUGCUUCGGUACCAGGACACCCCAGGAGUCAAAAUGAUCGUGGUGCUGGGUGAGAUCGGGGGCACUGAGGAGUACAAGAUCUGCAGUGCCAUCCAGGAGGGCCGCCUCACCAAGCCCGUGGUCUGCUGGUGCAUUGGGACCUGUGCCACCAUGUUCUCUUCCGAGGUCCAGUUUGGCCAUGCGGGAGCCUGUGCCAACCAAGCAUCUGAAACUGCGGUGGCCAAGAACCAGGCCUUGAAGGAGGCGGGUGUGUUUGUGCCACGAAGCUUCGACGAGCUGGGCGAGAUCAUCCAGUCCGUGUAUGAAGAUCUCGUGACCAGAGGCGUCAUCGUGCCUGCCCAGGAGGUGCCACCCCCCACUGUGCCCAUGGACUACUCCUGGGCCAGGGAGCUGGGUCUCAUCCGCAAGCCCGCCUCCUUCAUGACCAGCAUCUGCGACGAGCGUGGCCAGGAGCUGAUCUACGCCGGCAUGCCCAUCACGGAGGUCUUCAAGGAAGAGAUGGGCAUUGGCGGCGUGCUGGGCCUGCUCUGGUUCCAGCGGAGGCUGCCCAAGUAUGCCUGCCAGUUCAUCGAAAUGUGCCUGAUGGUGACGGCAGACCACGGGCCCGCUGUGUCCGGGGCCCACAACACCAUUAUCUGCGCACGGGCUGGGAAGGACCUGGUCUCCAGCCUCACCUCAGGGCUGCUCACCAUUGGGGACCGCUUCGGGGGCGCCCUGGACGCAGCCGCCAAGAUGUUCAGCAAAGCCUUCGACAGCGGCAUGAUCCCCAUGGAGUUCGUGAACAAGAUGAAGAAGGAGGGCAAGCUGAUCAUGGGCAUUGGCCACCGAGUGAAGUCGAUCAACAACCCAGACAUGCGGGUGCAGAUCCUGAAGGAUUUUGUGCGGCAGCACUUCCCGGCCCUGCCACUGCUGGACUAUGCCCUGCAAGUGGAGAAGAUCACCACCUCCAAGAAACCAAACCUGAUCCUGAACGUGGACGGGCUCAUCGGCGUGGCAUUUGUGGACAUGCUCCGGAACUGCGGCUCCUUCACCCGGGAGGAAGCAGAUGAGUACAUCGACAUUGGCGCCCUCAAUGGCAUCUUCGUGCUGGGCCGAAGCAUGGGCUUCAUUGGUCACUACCUGGAUCAGAAGCGGCUGAAGCAGGGCCUGUAUCGCCACCCGUGGGACGACAUCUCCUAUGUCCUCCCAGAGCACAUGAGCAUGUAGCCAGGCAGGCACCUCACCGUAAAGACCCACCGUGAAGACAGCCAGCAGCUGCAGGAGGGGCCUCGAGAGGCCUGAGGCCAAACCCCUGGCUGCACCUGUGCUGUCUUACAGAGUGGCUUACCAGUUUUUACAAGCAUAGAAAUCAAAAGUCAGGCCAAAACGUCGCAUUCACUGUGCUGGCUGCUGUAUUUAUUGCUUGGAGGCCUCCGCGAGUUCUGUCCCAGGCACCCCUCCUCCCAAGUUCCUUUUCCUGUUAGUGAGGUCAUUUUCCCCGGGCAGGAACCCAGUGGAAGUUCAGACUUUGGGGUGCACUGGGGACCCCUGGUGUCUCGCUGUCACCUCGCUUUCUCCUCCCAGGCUAACAUGAAGAGCAUCAUAUUAAUCUGAUCUUGAGAGUCUCUGUCUGUAUGUUACGUGUUCUGGGUUUGUUCAGGGUCCCAGCGACAUGCUUGCAUCAGUGUGCUGCUGGGGAGGGGACCAUGGCCUUGGCCUGGGCCACUUUCAGGAUGCAGGAGUAGUGAAGUACCAUGGAGAAAGCUGUGAAUCAUCCUCUGCUUGGCGGUCGCUGCAGUGUGUGUCCCCAGGCUCCUCCCCAGCCUGAGGGUGUCUGUGACCCUCGGGGUCCGUCUGUCUCUGUAUUUUCAUAGUUUGGUUUAAAUAAAUUAGUAAUAUUAAA